GCUGCCAGGGUACCCCGAAAAGCGAGCCCGUCGCUGCCUCGGCGAGCGCGGCUGCGCCCGACUCGGGGCUGCUCCUGCCGGGGCGCCGCGGCACCGUCUCGGGCGCCGUGGCGCCGCCUGGGCCCCGGGGCGCGGCGGCUGUCGGCACGGUAUUUUUCACGGCUGUGUUGAGGAAAAAACAAAGAGAAGCCGCUGUAGUUGGCUGAAACACUAAGUAAUGGUCCGUAUCAAACCCCGCGGGGCGCGGAGGGUGCCUGGUACCGAAGUCCGCCCCGGGGCAGGCGCGGCCUGGCGGGGGAGGGCGGGAAACACCGACGGCGGCCUCCGGGCUUGGGGCUUUCCCAGCCUGACACACGCACCGCCGCCGGCACGGUUUACCGGCCUGACUGGAGGGGAAGGGGAGGUGCUGGGAGAAGCACGAUGGACAGGAGUGUUUUCGAAACGAGGGAUCUGCCAGUAGUCUGCCAUGAGGGAGGCUAAGACUUCUUUUCAGUGGAGGUUGUGCAUCAUGAAGAAGCUUCCUUCUGUUCUGGCUAGAACACUCACGUCUGGGACCAGUGGCUUCCCAGUGCUUCCUGACAUGUCUGAAGGACACUUACCCAUUCAUGUGAAUAAUGUGCGGAGCAGAUUGAGGGAUAUAGUGGGAGCAUCUACCAACUGGAGGGAUCAUGUGCAAGCAAUGCAAGAAAGAAAAGCUCUUCACACUUUACUGGCAAAACGGCAGGAAGAUCUCCCUCCUAGAAGAAUGAAGGAUAGCUACUUGGAAGUUAUUCUGCCUCUAGGAAGUCAACCUGAAAUAAGAGAAAAGUACCUGAAUGUACACAACAGUGUAAGGUUUGGAAGGAUACUUGAAGAUCUCGACAGUUUAGGAGUUCUGAUUUGCUACACUCACACCAAGCAGGAAAUGCAGCCAAGGUCUCCCUUAUCAAUAGUUACAGCUCUGGUGGAUAAAAUCAAUUUGUGCAAGAAGAUUAUAUAUCCAGACUGUGACAUCAAAUUUACUGGCAACGUUUCUUGGGUUGGGAGGACCUCCAUGGAAGUGAAGAUGCACAUGCUACAGCUACAUGAUGGUGACUACAGCCCUGUGUUAGAUGCAACCUUUGUCAUGGUGGCCCGGGAUCCAGAGAACAAACGGCCAGCAUUUGUUAAUCCACUCGUUCCUGAGAGCCCUGAGGAAGAAGAAAUCUUCAAGCAAGGGGAAUUGAACAAACUGAAGAGGAUUGAUUUCAGCACUGCUUCCUUACUGAAAAUGGCUCCCACUGCAGAAGAAAGAAACAUUGUUCAUGACAUAUUCCUUAAUACAUUGGACACAAGGAUGGUAAGUUUCCGGAGUCGUAAAUUACCACCCAAUUCAGUGUGGAUGGAAGAUGCAAAGUUGAAAGGCCUACAGAUUUGCCAUCCUCAGGAACGGAACAUCUUCAACAGGAUCUUUGGGGGUUUUCUCAUGAGAAAGGCAUUUGAAUUGGGAUGGGCAACUGCUUGCAGCUAUGGGGGUUCCAGACCGUUUAUCGUGUCAGUGGAUGAUAUCAUGUUUCAGAGGCCAGUUGAGGUUGGAUCGUUAUUACUGCUUUCUGGACAGGUCUGUUACACAGAAAAAAACUACAUCCAGGUGCGAGUACACAGUGAAGUUUAUGAUGCAGAUACCAGAGAGCACCAGACAACCAAUAUCUUCCAUUUUACAUUUAUAUCAGAAAAUGAGGUCCCACGGGUUGUCCCCAAAACAUAUGGAGAAUCCAUGUUGUAUUUAGAUGGGAAGCGACACUUCGCUGCAGUCAUGAAAGAAAUCUGACAGGCGCUGGAGGCUGUGUCGGCAGUGUGGCAGCAUGCUGUCUUGGAAAGAGCUGUCACCGGGGCUGGAUAACAGACAGGUGCUUGUAGUACUCAAAAAAAACCCCACAAAAAACCCGCACAGCACAAAACCAAAAACCUAAAACAAAACAAAAAAGACAAACCCAAACCCCCCAACAAACCCCACCUUUUAAGUGCUAUUUAUGUAUUUGCAUAUAUUUGGAUUUUUCUAUUCUUUGCUACUAGAAUUUGUUGAGAUCUACUUUGUAUGCUGCUGCUAGGGGAAAAAGGCUGGAAAAAUACAAUCUUAAGCUGUAGAUAGUUUGUCUGCUUUGAGAGAUCUCAUAACUGCCUUUGCUCUCUUGUCACAUUCUGCCUUCUUUCCCUUAGUAGCUCUCCUUUGUGGUUCCCUGAUACGGGAUUGAAAUUCUAUCAGAAAAAUGUGUGCAAUAAGUAGUUACACACAGGUGAAGGCAUUUGACCUACCUUCUUGUGUAAAUUAGGUUUAGGGUUGUCUUUUUUUUUUUAACAAGGAUGCAUGCAUCUAGGCAACAGCCUAAGCCCAGAAGUUACAGUGUGUGCACAAUGUAAAGCAGGUGUUUCUCAUUAGCUGGGAUUUUACAAGGUGGUUUGGGCUUCUGUUUUGGACAGUUUCAUGUUCCCUUGGGAGGAAACUGAUUGUUGCAAUGAAAUGAGGUGGGCAGAUAGUCUCUUCUGGCAUUCUGUUUGUGUACAGACAGUCCUUGCAGCAGUGGGUUUUUUUUUUUUGGUUUGUUUAAUACAUAUCUAUCUAUCUAUCUAUAUCUCUCUGUACAUGAGUUCCUUAAUGCAUUAUUUCUCCUGGCCUGUAGAGUGGAGACCUGAUUGGUGAGCUUAAGUGGGACUGGGAAAUGGCAUUGUAGAGCGGAGUGUUUUAGAUUGUUAGGGAUUGGGAGCAGAAAAGAUAAAUGCUGCUCAAAUGGUAGUGGUUGUGUUUGAUGCUAGGGUCCAGAGAAUGUGUUGAGCAUUUCCCAAGUCAGCUGCUGAAUGGCGGGAGGAUUUUUAUCCCAUUGGGGUGGUGGUGUACAGCUAGAGAACAGCCUCCUCAGCUGGGUUAUUUGUCUGGUUCCUUGGUAGACUGUAAUGAAAUACGAGCAUUGCAGAGGUUUAAAGGUUGUCAGGUUUACCUGUGAAGGACAGAGUAAUUCCCCACCAGAGGGGCCACCUUGGUGGACAUAACUCUGGUGGAUAAGUAACAGGAAGAAAAUACUUGGUACUGAGGUGCUUCUGAUGUAGUGGAGAAGGUCUUAAUAUUCUCCAGUAUCUGGCCCAACAUUUAAGAUUAGGAGGGUGAGUGGAUGGGAGGCAUCAGCUUCCAGCAGUAAGGGUGAUUAGUCAUAAGCACAACAUUGGACCUCUGAUACCUUCAUAUCGAGACUGAUAUCCUGCCUGAUCAAGACACCCAGAGAGGAGUAUUUGGGCUCAGUGGCAGGUUAAAUGGAUGAAAGAGGAUGUCUUCUGAUACAUGAGAGCAGACUCUGACUUGCCUGAUAUGGUUCAAAUCUUUUGAAAUCAGGAGGCAGCAAGUACAAAUUAUGUGAAUCAGCACAGGUGCACAGACUUGUUGACAAAACAAAGCAACGUGUUGAAAUUUUAUUUCCGAGUAAGAAAGUUUGAGGGAAUCACAACUGGGACCAGCUUCCUUUGGUGCUAGGAUAGCGUGAAGUUCAUGGCUCCGAACAGCCGAUUGCUGUUCGCGUGAGGAGGGUGAGCAUCGUGAUAACCAGCAUGUUACACACCAGCCUUUCCUUUCCAAGAUUCGGCUGCCGUUAGAAGUCGGAUAGCUUUCCAGUGGAGGCACAGGGGUGUUGCCUGGUCUGGAGCAGGUUGCAGUGACAGUUAGCUCUGGGUUUCUCACACAGUUUCUCGCUUCAGCCACACUCUGGUGCUGAUUCAGCUGUUUGAUGUUACAGUCUUUAACAGUUACAACACUGUGGAUAUGUAUAUUGUAUUUUCUGGUUUUCUCCUUUUUAAAUCUUUCUGGAAGCUGAAUAUACUUGAGUGACCAUAAAAUAAAGAACUGAAAUUCUAUCCCAACUCGUUCCCCCCACUUCACUUCAUGGAUCGCUGCUGGUGUUAAAUAAGCAGGGGGGCAGGAUGUGGAUGUUCUAUUUCAGAACUUCGUGUUACUCCUGACUCUGAGGUUUUUAUCAUUGACUCGGUGGUCCUACCUGGGUCGUUUUUGUAUGAUGCUUGUAAGUUAAGGGGAUACCAAGUUUCUCCUUCUUCAUGCCUUUUCCGCUGUAUUUAAAGAUGAGUUUGUCGUAAAUUCUAAAUCCAGUCUUUGGGAAGGGAUUGGAGAAGAGAAAAAGGGGUAAUAUAGUAGGGAGCAAGGUGUCAGAACCUCUGGACGCAGGGAAGAAAUGAAUCCCACAAAUGAAGAUGCUUAGAAGAAUUAGCGUGUUUUCAAAGUUCAUGGCAAUUUAAUCAUGUACCACAAUCACAGUAGUUAUAGAAAUGAAUGUACAGUCAUACACAAUGUGUGUAUAUGUAUACAUAUGUAAAAGAUAUAAAAUAUAUAUAGUAAUAAACAGAAAGAGAUAAUAUGUGCUCACAUAUUUUUUACUCCAAGAAGGUAACUCCAAGUUGUCAUGCUCUCUGGUAAUGGGCUAAAUGUAACUUUCUUUGAAGGUAUUUAUGCACAUCGCUGUAUACUUUUGUGUGUGAGAGAAAAUUGUUCUCGGCUCUCAUAUUCAGAAUUAAAAUAUUUCAACCUGGUAA